GAACAGGAUUUGCCGUCGCAGCAGACCAAGUCCAUCGAGCUUACCAUGGGGGCGCAGUUCGCGAAGCACAAGCCAAGCAAGGACGAUCCAGCGGUGCCUAGAGCAGAUUUGAAGAAGAUUUACGAGGCUAUCUUAAAGGGCGAACGUUUGGGGGCUGCAGCAGACUUCGCGAUUGCCCCGGGCUGGGAUAGCCGCAUCAUGCGCGCGCGCCCCCGCUGCAAGACGGCCCCCCUCAAGCCGGAGGCUUGGGCGCGCUGCGCGGCGCCGGCGCAGCUGAUCGAGCCGGGGGCCGCCGCCCGGGGCGUCACGGGGAUGGCCAGCGCCAACAAAAAGGCGAGGCAGAUCGAGCAGCCCCAGGAGCGCAGCCCAGAGGGCCACGCGGAGAUGGUCUCUGCCGGCCACGGGGCCCCUUGGCAUGAGGGCGCCCUGGCGCCGCUGAGGACGGCCGCGCUGGCGUCC